AUGCGACUCAGUGGAGAGGGCAAAAUGCGCAAACAUGUUGACCAGGAUGAGAACCAAGGGGGGCGCAGGAUCAUGAAGGUCGGAGAUCUCAAUCAGAGCACGCAGCUCACUCUCCGACAGCGGGGCCGAUGGAUGAAGCCUGGAGCACCUGUUGCGCAAGGCAAAAAGAAGGCAAAACAGGGUAAGUACUCCGAGCACACCUCCAAAACAGAGGACUCUCAGCGAAUGAAGUCAGGAAGGCGAACAGGAAAAAGCACACGUUGA